GGGGCCCGAGCGGUGAGGGAGGCCGCGGCGAGCCGGCUGCGGGGCUGUCCCCGCGGGCCCUGGCCUCCCGCCUGGCUCGCCUGGGGCGACGCCAGGGCCCUGGAUCUGAGCGGCCCAGUGGCUCUGGGGUUGUCACGUUCCAGUUGCAAGACCCUGUUGAGUUCACAAGACCGCGGUAUAAACAUUGAGGCCAGGGAGGAGGAGAAGGGGAUCUUGCACUCCUUUUAUAACCUCAAGCAUGGGAAAGUCUCUUUCUCAUUUACCUUUGCAUUCAAAUAAAGAAGAUGGUUAUGAUGGGGUCACAUCGACAGACAACAUGAGGACUGGACUCGUUAACAACGAAGUGCAUAAUGAAGAUGGAAGGAAUGGAGAUGUCUCUCAGUUUCCGUAUGUGGAAUUUACCGGAAGAGAUAGUGUCACUUGUCCCACUUGCCAAGGAACAGGAAGAAUUCCUAGGGGGCAAGAAAACCAGCUGGUGGCAUUGAUCCCCUAUAGUGAUCAACGGUUACGGCCAAGAAGAACAAAGCUGUAUGUGAUGGCAUCUGUGUCUGUCUGCCUGCUCCUGUCUGGAUUGGCUGUGUUUUUCCUUUUCCCUCGAUCUAUUGAUGUGAAGUACAUUGGCGUAAAAUCAGCCUAUGUCAGUUAUGAUUUUCAAAAGCGAACCAUAUAUUUAAAUAUCACGAACACACUAAAUAUAACAAACAAUAACUAUUAUUCGGUUGAAGUUGAAAACAUCACUGCUCAAGUUCAGUUUUCAAAAACAGUUAUUGGAAAGGCACGCUUAAACAACAUAACUAACAUUGGCCCACUGGAUAUGAAGCAGAUUGAUUAUACGGUACCCACAGUUAUUGCUGAAGAAAUGAGUUACAUGUAUGACUUCUGUACACUGAUUUCCAUCAAAGUGCACAACAUAGUACUUAUGAUGCAAGUAACUGUAACAACAACAUACUUUGGACACUCUGAGCAAAUAUCUCAGGAGAGGUACCAGUACGUCGAUUGUGGAAGGAACACGACUUACCAGUUGGCCCAGUCUGAGUAUCUAAAUGUGCUUCAGCCACAACAGUAAAAUUGGAGGAGGUGUGAUAGAGCGGGUGACACACCUGAGACACGUUCAGAACUGUCAGUGAGGAGGUACUGCCCAGGACACCCUGAAAUGAGCAUGUCUAAACUUUACACCAGGACACUCUUGUUCUGUGUCGAUGACUGCUCGUACCAAGAGCCUUUCCUCAACCGUGAGAUAACUGAUUGGCUAUCUUCUUUGUUCCCAAGAUGAAAAACUGAGACUUUCUCUAAUACAAUAAAUAAUUAUAUAAAAGUCAUAGACUUAAUCUAUAGUUCUAUUGAUAAUAGUUCAGUCAUGAACGUAAUUUGAAAAGUAACCUCUGAAAAUUUUUAUAUGAAAUUAUUGAAAAUCCAUUACUCAUGGAGGACUUUUAAAAACUAACCUGUUUUAUAAACUCUCAUUCUUAUAUGAUGGCAGUCUUUCGACUAUAUGAUAAAGUAACUAUUAGCUAAGUGUUUUUAGCCUUUAAUUUGUUGAAAUUCUACUCAGUUGCAUGUUUUUGUCUUAUUUUUAGCUAAUGGUUCAUAAUAUUUACCAAAAUUCUGUUCUAUACUUUGUAAGAACCUCUCAAUAUGUGCUUCAUGUAUAGUUUUGUGAACUUUCUGUGUGACUAUUAAACAUAUUCCCUUUGUGUACAAUAUUGUAAAUAAAGUGCAUGGCCUUUAUACAGCUUUGAUAAAUGUCAAAUGAAGUGGUAGUGAUUAAGAAGGAAAGCAAGUUGUUAAACAAAAUAAAGUAGGAAAAUGAAAUUCAGAAAAAUAUAAAGUAUCAGUAGAUUCCAACUACUUGUUGGAUGUGGCAUAAAAUAGAUAUACAAUAAAACAUUUUGAUGCUUUACCUUAUGUUGCUUUUCAUAUUAAGAAUUAUAUAGAUAUUUUCAUAAUGAUUAGGUAUCUUCAAUGUUAUGAAUGAUUUAUGGAAGGAAAUUAUUUUUUACUAGAAAUUAUUCUAGAAAUCAUUUCAUUUAACACUGGUGGCUACAUCAAAAUAAACCUGUAGUUUGCUUUUAAAAUUUUAAUCAUUAUAUAUCCUACUGAUUUGAUGCUUCUGCAGUUAAGUAUUCCCUUUUUACUUUAAUUUCAUCUAACAUUGUUUUCAAGUAUGAUGGAUGUGCUCACCUGAUGACUUAUAUUUUCAGUGUUAUUUUCCAUAGGGUGUUUUUUCUUUUUCACUCAGAAAAUUCUAGGGCCCCUUUAAAAUACAUAACACUAAUCAUAGGAGCUAAGUAUGAUACCAGGUUAAUUUCCUUUUUUUUUUUUUAAUUUUUAACUCAUGACAGAAAUUGGGUUUUCCUUUUCCCAUACCCAAGUGCCCACCUUAGUUGUGUGUGUAGCCUAUUUAUCAGUCUGGUUCUCAAGUAUAAAAUAUAAAUUCUUGUGGUUUAAUCCUGUUCCUUAUGCACACUAUAUCUUCCCUUAGCUUUCAUACCAUAUUCUCCAUGUGAGCGAACACAGCAAACAUCCAUUUCUUUUGUAUCUUGCUUUCCUCGGGUGUUACGAGGUCAGCUGUCCUCCCUGUCAUGCCCAGGCCAUCCUUCACAGUCAUUCAUUAUCUAGUCACAGUAGUCUUUGUAGCAAGGUUUCUUUUCCUGUGCUUGCUGGUGACCCCCUCACCCCACAUUCAUUCUCCUUCGGCCUGCAACUGUCUAGUUGUGUUCACACUUUCCAAGUUAAACUCACUCCAUUACCUCUAUUUCCUCAUUCUGACACAACCAAUGUCUGUGAGUCAUCUGGUUUUCCAUGUGUCUAGAAGUUUAAUCCUAUCACUUCAGAAUCACGGGUAUCUUUAGUUAGGCCUCCAAGUCUGUGUCUCUUCUUGACCAGUAACUGUGUAGUUUCAUGUUUACUCAGUUUACUUUUGUUUCUUGGUGACUUUCUAUGUAUAAAAACAAAAUGUAAAGAAAUCUUUUUAUGAUUUCCCUUGUGCAUUGUCCUUAUCCUUCAUGCCUAAUUACAUGGUGUACACAAUCAUCAUUAAUUCCUUUCUCCAAAGUCAACUUUUACAUAUGCCUCAUAUAACCACCUUCUGUGUUGCUUUUUACUGUGUGCAUUUUACUGUGGGAUGGUACUGUGGCAGUGAGGAAAUUUGUUUUCACCUUCUAGAAUGCAUGUGUAAGGCCUGAAGAGGCAGGACUGUGGUGCAGCCAUUGGAAGCUGCUUUGCCCCCAGUGACUCAGGUUCAGAAACUUUUAACUCUUUAAAAUUUGAUCACAUAUAGACAUGUAGGUUUAAUGUCUAACUUUGAUGAUGUUUGAGCCAUAAAAAAACAAAAACAAAAAACUUGAAAUUUAAACCCAAGUAAAAGAUAAAAGACAGAGAGAUGCAGAGUACCUAUGAGGAGUCAAGGAGAUUGAAAUAACUACUGGGUAAGCCAGGUGGUAACAAGCUGAAAGUUAAAACGGAAACAAAAAAAAAAAAAAAAACAAAAACAAAAAACAAACGUAUCUUGGAAAAGCGAAACAGUAUCCAUAAAAACAUUUGCAAGUGUCAGUGGUACUUUUAGCUUUUGUUAGGCCACUGCUGAGUCUGGCUUCUGGCAUGGAGAAAGGGUAGGUAUUGAUAUAUUUUUAUGAAUACUUUCAUAGCUUAGCUGUGCACUUGAUGAAGACAUUAUAGUGUUGCUCCAUGCUCUCAGAAGUGAAUUCUGUCCUACCCUAGUCCAACAGUGUUCCAGCCUCUGGGGGGAUAUUGUGUGCAACACACUGGCUGUUACUCUUCUGCCUGCUUUUCUUAGGUGAUUUCUCACCAGUGUGAGAAAUUUAAAUUUAAAAUUGCAGACCAGCAAAUACCUUCAUUGCGGCCAGAACUAGGUUCUCUGUCUCUCAUGUUUGUGUCCUUUCAUUUAACACCCAUCAGAAAGCCAUGGUAAAAUCGGCUUCAUGCAAUCCAAAAUUAGAAGUGGUCAGUAUAAUGGUUCAGUGGAUAAGGAUGAUCGCCACCAAGCCUGAUGAUUUGAGUUCAGUUUCUGCGUAUCACAGCAGCAGGAGAGAACUGACUCCUGCAAAUUGUGUACAUACACACACAGAAAGAGAGACGGACAGACAGAAAUGCAUGUAAAAAAUAGAAUCAAAGUUCUUGAAGUUAGGGCUGGAGAGAUGGCUAAGAGGUUAAGAGCACUGGCUGCUCUUCCAGAGGACCUGAGUUCAAGUCCCAGCAACCACAUGGUGGCUCACAACCAUCUAAAAUGAGAUCUGGUGCCCUCUUCUGGCCUGGAGGCAUACAUGCAAAUAAGAAUACUGUAUACAUAAUAAAUAAAUAAAUCUUUAAAAAAAAAGUUCUUGAAGUUAAUACUGAGGGGCUAAGGUUUUGGUGACUUUGAAUUGCUAUCUGAAAUAUUUCUAAAGUUAAUUGAACAAUGUAGAAUACUAUAGAGCCAACCUUACCUGGAACUUAAUUUUUGUGUUUAUGUUUAAUACUCUUCAAUAAUUCUAAUAAAAAUAAAACUGACAUUUUCAGUGUGAAUUAUUUAUAAGUAAGAUUAUUACAUUUGAAAUACAGUAUGAAAAUAUUAGACAUGAGAUAAACUCCUUGAAAUUGCUUGAAAGACUAUCUUGACUGAGGUGACAUUUAAUACACCGUAACUUUCUUUUGUGCUCAGUUUUCUUUUGAUUCCUGUUUACUUGGCCUUAAUGAAGUACUUACUUUCUGAUAAAAGAAAAGUUACAAGAAUAAAAUAUAACUUGCACUUAGGAAAUGGCAGUGUUGUGUAAAAGGGGAUAGGAGGUGACAUCAAAGCAUGAUUAACAUCUUAAGAGCCUUGAAACUUGGCCCUAAUGAGUCCUCUUUGGUUCCUAGCCUUAUUGUGAUGUAAUAUUGGACUUUAUGGUGGCAGGUGUGUUGCUGAGUCUUUGCUAUUCUGUUUGUGUUUUAAAGGAAAGGGUUUAAGUAAACAGGUAUUUAUACAGUGCUUCUUAUUUUAGAAGAUUGUUCAUAUACCUUAAAAAUAUGAAGAGCUUUAGGGUUUCAAAUAACGUUUUCUCUCUUUGAUAAGUAAUGUGAGCUAAACUUAAAGUUGCUGAUGUAUAAUCAGGAGGUAAACCAGGGGAUAGUUUGAGAUCACUAAAGUGCAGCAGGUGCUUGGAUCAGAGUACAUCUUAGAGGGGACAGCUGGAUUGCCUCUCACUUGUGAAAUUGGGUUUUAAAUGAGGUACUUAAGUUUUUAAAGGAAAAAUACUACAUAUCAGAAAUAGUUGGAUAAGACUCAUUACUCAAAAUUUUAUUUUUCAAUUAAAAUAAAUACAUUUGUGAUAUUCUUGAAUCAAAAAUUUGAAUUCUAUAUCUGAGAUCUAUUUACACAGCAAUAUGCAUUCGCAGUUCCUAAUUGGAACUACAUUGUGUGUCUUUAGCUUCCUUAGAUAACAGGUUUCACGGAGGAGUUUUGAACCUCAUCUUUAAUUGAGAUAAAACCAACAGUGAUGUGGUUACUAUGGGAACGAAAAUGGAAUUUCCGUGUUUUAAAAUGCAAUUCCGCUUUAGUUCUUUUUGCACAUUUAACACAGAGGCCAAGUUGAAGAACAUAGCGUGGUUGGUGUUCGACCCUGAAAGCACUGCAUAGAUAACUUAGCAAAAUGAGCUUUUCAUAGUUGAGUCUAACUAUUCUAGAAGGGAGUUGUUGCCUUCUGUUUAAUUACAUUAAUUGAAAUGUGUUUAAGAGAAAUGUUUUCAGGAUAUUUUGUAUGCUGUAAAACACAAAAGAAUAGUAUUGUGCCAAUGGCCAAAGGUAAUAUUACUACCAUGUAGAUGAUGAAAGUUCAAAUUGACCAAUUCACCCAGAAUUUUAGAAACUAGAAGUCUGGGGAGAUACCGCAUCGGCUGUAUUGGGUAGUUUUAAAGUGCUGUACAUUCUCUUCAUCUUGUAAUUGUCCAGGAUGAGGAGCAACGAUGCCAGGCUGUACCAGAUGCAGAAUUUUAUUGCACAGAGGCUGGCUUCAGACAUGAAGCAUUAGCCAGUCAUAUCUGUGUGGUUUAUCUUGUAAUUUCCUUUAGAACUAAACUAAGAAGGUUUGGGGAAAUGAUUUGGAAUGUCCACUGAUUACAUACAUGACAGUAUUACUAGAUUCUAACAGUCAAUUCAAAUUGUGGAAUAGAGAAUGUAAAAUAUCUUCUGUAUACUUACUCUUUUAGUGGCCUCCAUCAUGGUACAUCUAUUAAAUUUACUAUUUGUACAGUUCUUAAUUAUAGUUGUGAUUGCUGUUCAUGUAGGGAAACGUGGUGGUGAUCGGAAAAAAAAGAAUAGACAUGACACCCCCAAUGCUAUUUUUUAAAUUCACUUGUAACUGUUACUCUUAUACUUGUGUAUGAAAAAAUAAAAUUUGUAAAAACAUUUUAGCAUGAAAAAUAAAAUUUGUAUCAAGAAA